CAGUUUAGAAGCGAUCCUCUGCCACAGUCUCGUCUUAGAUAUUGUUAUUUAGGUCAGUUACCAUGCAAUCGUAAAGUUUCUUGUAUAUACCUUUUGCAUAGUUUACAAACAAUGGCAUUUACGUUUAAGUUUGCAUUCGUUAUCAUCCAGUGUAUCCAAAGCUGCUUCUCUGUUUCACACACAUGGAGAUAUGUGUUCACAGAAAGCAAAGAAAGAAACAGUUUCCCAGAAUUAAUUUUUUCAGAAAUGGUGGAUGAACAAGAGUUGUAUUACUAUGACAGUAACAAUAAAUCAUUAAUUCGACGAUAUGAAUGGUUAAAAACCUUGGAGAAUCGGGCAUUUUUGGACCUCCAUUUUAUUACCAUUGAUGACAUCCAAACAGCAUACAAACUAAAUAUCAACUUUAUCAAGGAGUUCUUCAAUCAUACAGAUGGAAAUCACACUUCACAAGUAAUUGUUGGCUGUGAUGUAGAUUUCGAAGACCAGACUGAGACUUUCUUUGCACAGACUGCCUAUGAUGGACAAGAUUUGUUUGACGCCGACUUUGACAAGCAAACCUGUACAAUGCUAGUGGAUCAAGCUGAGAGUCUGAAACAAAAAUGUAACUUAAAAGAACGCCUCAGUCCUCAGUGGACCCCCUUCUGGAGAGAGCUGUGCACUCAGUGGCUAAAAGAUUUCAUUAUAUAUGGCAAUGAUACACUACAAAGAAAAGUUUUAGGGCGAAGAGAUCAGAAAAACAGAAAAACCUUGGAACUGAACUGUUGUUUCUCCAGAUCAAGAGGAGACAGACUGUCUGAAGAUAACCGGGAGCCAGAAUUAAUCCCAGCACCAUUUGAUGCAAAGCACAAAUCAAUUAUGAAUAGAACUCCAGUCUAUGGUGAAACUGCUCUCCUUCUAGACAGUUUCCCAGUCCAUGAAAAAGAAAUUCCAGAUUCUGUGAACCUAGGAAUCAACAGAUGA